AUGCCUAGCAGAGAGAACAUGGCCUCCAAGCGCACCCUCAAGGUAACUGAUGCUGGCCGAGAGCUGUUUCACAUGACUCAGAAGUACAGCGUCGGCGGUAUCAACUCGCUGCCUCUUUACUUUGAGUCCGGCAAGGGUUCCUAUCUGACAGACUCGGAAGGCAACCAGCUUAUCGACUUUAUCUGCGGCUUCAGCGCCAGCAACUUAGGACAGUGCCACCCUCGUAUCGUUGAGGCCCAGGUCAAGUCUGCCCAACAGAUUACUCUGGCCAACAUUGCCGGCAUGUCGGCAUCAUGGCCGCCCCUGGCUAAACGAUUGUGCGACAAAUUUGGCUACGACAAGGUGACAGCCAUGACAUCUGGCGCCGAGGCGGCGGACACAGCGUGCAAGCUGGCUCGCGGAUGGGGCAUCAGCACCAAGAAGAUCAAGCCCGCCGAUGUCCUUGUCCUGGGAACUUCGGAUAACUACCACGGCACCACUUCUGGAGUUUGGCCUCUCAUGGAGCGCGAAGCUGGAUGGGAAUUAUACGGAACCUUUAGCAGCAACUUAACCAAUGUCAAUCCACUGACGGGAAAAGUUCUUCGAUACCUACAUGCCGAGGACUACGCCGAAGUAUUUGAAAAGUUGCAUGAGCGCAUCGCCGGUGUCAUCAUGGAACCUCUGCAUGGCACCUCAAGAUCCAUGCAGGAUGAGAUUGACUUCUGCAUCAAGGUCCGCCAGCUAUGCAAGAAGUACAACAUCCUCUACAUUGCCGAUGAAGUUCGGAUGGGGUCUUGCAAGACGGGCAAAACUCUCUGCUCUGACUGGCUAGGCCCCGAGAACAAGCCUGAUUUGAUCAUCAUGGGCAAGUCCAUCUCCAGCGGCGCUUAUCCCACCUCGUUUGUUCUAGGAUAUGACGAGGUCAUGACAAAUUUCAAGCCGUAUCACUCACUCAGCACAUUCGCCAUGUCGUCGAUGGCAUGUGCCGUCGUCAAUGCUUCGCUCGACGUCUGGGAACAACUGAAGCUUGACCAGCGAGCCCAGGAGAUCCAUGACAAGUGGGUCAAGGAGACGUCAACGUGGAAGUUUCCUUACCUGAAGUACGCCUCCGCAUUUGGUGCGGACAUGAACCUCUUCUUUGACGAGGCAUACGGACAGCGCGAUGAAAAGAUCACGCCACGCAGGUUCACACUGCUAUGCGCGACCAAGGGGCUGCUUGUGUACCCUGCACCGGGUGGCCGCGUCCGCAUGGGCGUGUCUCUGACGAUUAGUGACACAAACCUGUACAAGGGCUUCAAGAUUGUCAGGGAAGCAUUGGAAGAGCUUCCGCUAUAUGGAGAGAUUGAGCUUGAUCAACAGUGGGAUGGAGGCUUUUGA